AUGCCCGAUCGCCUACGCUCCGGCGCGCCCCCUCCAACCGGUACGCGCCCCUCUCCCCGCUCUCCCAGCCCCACUCCCCGCUCCCCGAGCCCCGUCGAUGAGAAUGAACCCCCGUUCGCCAUGGUCGUCGACCCCGCGUCGCCCCUGGAGUGGCCAACCCCGGCCGUCCGAACGGUCCUCGGCACCAUCAGCGGAGGCGACCUCACCAACACCACCGACCCCGACGCCCUGUCCGCGCCCCCUGCCCCUCCAACUCCGCCGCUCCGCCGCUCCGCCAACGCACCCCUCGCACCCCCCCAUACCCCGCUCCUGCCCCGGGCCCCACCACUAUCCACUAUCGGAUGCCCCUCCUCGGCCACCCAGCAUACGGAGGGGCCCUCCUCUACGACGAGCGACUCCCAGACGGCUGGCCACCUCAACGGGACUGCUCUCCUCGAGGUCCAACUCCGGAGCUACGCCUGGGACGAGCGGUGGGAACAAAUCUCUGGCGUCGACAACGCCUACCUCAUCGGCGUCUUGGGCGACAACCUUCACCCCAGUGGACGGUUCACGGAGACGCAGUACCUAGGGUUUCUUCGGGCGAUGAUUCAGGCCCGCGACCCUGCCGCCCGCGUCACUGAUCACGACGUCUGGAGAGAAGCGGCCGACAACCUCAUCGACGCGUACGACGUCCGCAACAUCCCCGUUUCAGUCCGUCAGUACCGGAACGGACGCGCCGUGCGCCUCUACGACAACAUGUCGGGGAACGACCUCCAUCGCAGCAUUUGGGGGAACUUCUACGACGACGAGAUCCUCGACGUCUCUGACUACGGCGACUCCCCUCCACCCACCCCUGCCACACCCGCCGCACCCGUCGAGGACAUCCUCCGUUCGCGCAGCCCCUCCCCCGUAUCCCCGCCCGCUGUCGUACACGACGUCCCCUCUGACGCCAUCCCCACCCCUUUCCGCCCCGUAUGCCCCGCCCCUGCUAACCCUUCGUCCCGUUCCCCAUCGCCCCCCGCCGCCAUCGCACCGUCACCAUCUCGUGCCAUUACCUUCAUCGCUGGGGGCUACUUCAACCCUGCCGACCCUGGCUUAAACAUCGGGCUCUGGUACCCGCCAGUGCCCUCGUCACCGCUCACGGAGCCGGACUUGGAGUUGAACGAUCGGGACGAUCGUGCUUAG